UCCACGUAUGUCUGCUGUGAGUGAACUGAAGGGGACGCCAUCUUCGUCAGUCCACCUUAAGCGCACAAUGUGGCCAACGCAUGCGCACAUCGAGGCUUCCGUUCUUCAUUCUCCGCUCUGCCGGGCUCGCUCUCUGCUCGCACUGGGUCCAUAUAGGAGAGCGUCUAACAGCGUCACUUCAGAAACAACAAGAGAGAAAAGACGCACUCGGCCAAACCCAAACUCAACCGCCGGGAAAACAACAAACAAUGUCCGAACCCAAGUACCGGGACUGGAUCCUCGAGACAAUCGACUCUCUGCGCUCCCGGAAAGCCCGACCGGACCUUGAGAGAAUAUGUCGUAUGGUCCGGAGAAGACACGGCUCGGAUCCAGACAGAACCCGGGAGGAACUGGAGAAACUGAUCCAAGAGCAAACAGUGCUCAAAGUUAGCUAUAAGGGCUCCAUAUCCUACAGGAAUGCGGCGAAGGUGCAGAGAAAGAGUCGAAAGAAGAGUGACUUCACGCCGAGUAGCGGCGGCGGUAGCGGUGGUGGGAGCGAGGCGGAGGGAGAGCAAGCCAAACACGCCAGUUUGAACAACAACGGGGACAGCGCGCACAGCUUUACCGACCUAGAGGAGGUGGAGAGCCAGGACCGAGAGGAUGACUCUGUCUCCGAGCCGAGCGAGUGCCCUGACCCCCGGCCAGAAACUCCGGGUAUCACCUCCGAGAAAAAACAAAAGCUUUUUCCACCGAAUAGCGGAAACGGCCCUGGCUGCUGCCCAGGUUGUGGCGAAAUGGGCUGUGCUGCCGGGAGAGGCUGCAGUGGGAAAGCAAGUGCGUCAAAAGACAAGAGAUUAGGAGAAAGAGGAGGAGGGGGGCAGGAUGGGGGUAGCAGCAGCAGCCCUUUGGCCGGCAACCACGACACAAAACCGGGCCACGAUGGGAGCGGUGCUCCGAGCAAAGCAAAGGGGGUCUGGGGUGGAGGGGGAGUGGAGACUGGGCAGGAGGGCAGCAGUAGCAGCGUUGGUGUUGCUGCUGAAACGGAAAAUACAAUUUGCCAGGGGAGCGCCAGUUCUAGUUCCAGCAGCAACAGCCAUCUCCUGCGGCCGAAACAGCUUCAGCCAGCAUCCCCACCUGUCAAACCCAAACUCCGGGCCGGCCGAGGUGAGGGGAACCCGGGGGUGGGGGGCAGCGGGCAAACCAGCUCGGAUCUGGGCGACAGACUGAUCGCCUCCGUCCGCAGACUAGCCGAGCAGAACCGAGCCUCCGCGUUAAGAGGGGAGACCCGCGGGGGCCACAAGCCGCUGGGACUGAAGGAGAUCCUGGGUUACCUGACCAGCCAAGACGGCCUCUCAUCUGAGGGUAAGCUGACCCGCAACAGAGUCAAGGUGGUUCUGGAGAGAGAGGUGGCGAGAGGUCGGCUGCGGAGGACCCGGUGUGGGAACAUCACUCUUCCGGUGAGGGGAGUGGAGGCAGCGCCAGUCCCAGCAAAGCCCCACGGCCCCGCUAACAGACUGCUAAAGAGCGCACUGCAGGAUAAGCACAUUGGGAAAAAGGAGGUGAAAGAGGAGGAGCCAAUGGAGACAGAGAGUGGAGAGGAGGAGGAGGAGGAGGAUGAAGAGGAGAAGGGAACAGGGGAUGCUGAGGAUGGGGGACAGAGUGACACCCAAACCUCAGGGGGUGAGGAGGGUUCUAAGGGGGUGACUUGCCCUGCCCCGGUUCCCAUGGAAACGGAACCGGGGAAUGGUGAUGACAUCACUGGAGGUUCCGAGGGACAGGCGGGGGUGAAGCAGGAGGACAAUCAACCUGAACACACAACCAAUACUGUCUCUGCAGACCAGAUACACACAGACACACAGGAUCAGAAUGUGGUACAGUCAGAGAGAAUGAGCCACACUUCCUCUGUCCACAACCAUAACUGUUCAGCCUGUAAGACAGAGGUGGGCGUGUCCUCCUGUCUCCUCACCCCAACCGCCUCACCUAGAGACUCUGGUCUGGCAGAGGAGAGAGGGAUGAAUGGAGGAGUGUUUGUGAAGUCUGAGCUGGGCAGGCUAAACCCAGUGAACUGGACAGUGUCUGACGUGGUCAGUUAUUUCACGUCAGCAGGGUUUCCAGAACAGGCCUUAGCCUUCAGGACUCAGGAGAUAGAUGGGAAGUCCCUCCUCCUGAUGCAGCGUAAUGAUGUGCUUACAGGCCUGUCAAUCAGGCUAGGCCCCGCCCUGAAGAUCUAUGAGCGCCACGUGAAGGUUCUGCAGAGAACACACUUUGAAGAGGACGACUGAUGGCUUUACCUGGAGACACAAACACACACACUCCUCCUCUUUCAGCUUUAACGAACAAACAUUCCAACUCCCCAAACUCAGACCCUGACCCCUGAACUCUAAACUGACCAACCCUCUCCAGGCCCCAACUCCCCUCUCCUCUUUCAUCCAGCUCUCCUCUCACAUCCCCCUCUCCUGGACUCGACUCUUGGGGAGAGAACAGAGGGAGAGAGAGAAGAAUCCUUGGAAUUUAUACCUGAUGAUGUUUUGAUGGACAGACCACCAAACAGAGACUAAGAAGAAAUAAAGAAAUAGGGAAAGAGAAGGAGAGAAAAGACAAGAGAAGGAGAGAAAAUACGUUCCCCUGUUGCUAUUGAAUGUGUUUAACAGGCUUUGGACUGGUAUGUGUUUAUUUGAGGUUCAGUUCUGCUUUGACCCUUGAACCUUUGAAGGACAUCGGCCGCAGCUUAGACUCCUGAACAAUCAAUCAACCACCUGAUCAAUGGCUGUCAGUGAAACAUUGGCUACAUUCCACUUCUCUCAAAGUGUGCACUCGUACACUCCCCCUCAUGGAUUUAAAGGGAAUGGAAUGGUUAGGGAAUAUGGUGGCCAUUUGUUUCCACCUGGCUGAAGGGACCUUCCUCACUCAGAUCACAAAUCUAGGAUCAGUUUAUCCUCCCCAUAUCAUAUCCUUAUCCAUUGGGGUUGGACACGCAAAACUGAUCUUAGAUCAGUGUCUAAAGACAACUACAAAACUGGUAUUUUAAUUUUUUCCUUUGAUUGUUCCUUUUGAUUGUUUAAGGAAAACAUCAUCCUACGCUGAGGCUGUGUCCCAAAUAGCACCCUGUUCCCUUUAUAGUGCACUACUUUUGACCAGGGCCUAUAGGGCUCAGUGCACUUCCCUGGUCAAAAGAAGUGCACUAGGGAAUAGGGUGCAUUUGGGACAGAGACUGAGUCAUUUGGGUCUCCUGCUAGGAUGCAGGGCAGUGUUCAGGAGUGCCGACAGUGAGCAUCACCUGCGUAACCUCACAGACAAGGGAAGACAGUGUUCAACGUGCUUGUCAACACCCUUUGGUCCGACAGAAAACAACAUUGAUUCAAACCAUUAUGCAACCUCUCUGUCGGAGUUAGAGGCUUGUGAUGAUGAUGACAUUGGAACGCUUUGUAACCUCCGGACUAAACUGUUGACGUUGUUGUUGUUGUUGUUGUUGUUGUGUUUAGCAGGUACUAUGUUGUGGUUUUGUGACAGACACUGUCUAUGGGUUAUUCAGAACAAACAGUGGACCACUAAGAAGGAUGGAUGGAUGGAUAGAGGGAGAGAGAGAGCAAGAAUGACAUGGGACCAGAAGAGGACAGGUUUUUUGUUUGUGAUUUUUGUGUGAAAUGUAAAGGAUACAUUUUAUACAAAAGUGAAGCCGCUCCAAAUAACCAAAACCCCUUGUCCCCUGAGCCUGAGGCCUCCCCAUCCCAGACACAUCCACACCUCCACCCCUGCCCAGCUCCUACCCUCGCUUUACCUAUCCUAACCUAUUCAGAACAGGACUGCUUGAAAAAAUAAUAGGAGAAAUGUGAUGACUAAGACGCCAGCGAACUGGGGACAAAACAGCCUCAAUUCGUUGGGGCAUGGACUCUACAAGGUGUAGAAAGUGUUCCACAGGGAUGCUGGCCCAU